UCUCUCUCUCUCUCUCUGGAGGUUUUUUGUCCAAUAAAAAUUCUAACCGAUGACCUCAAAAACCCUAAUCUGAGCUCGAUUGUUGAAGGAUUCAAGAAAUUCAGGCACAGGAUCAGGCACUUAUAUGAAUUUUUUUUGUGUGGGUGGGGGUGGGGGCUCAAUAAGGAUUAGAACCCAGUUGUUACUCUGAAUCCGACUUGAUGCAAAGAUUGCCAAGUGAACUAAAUUGAACCACAACAUGCAAGUAAAGAGGAAAAGGCAUCACACCGAACCUUUUAGAUUACCGAUUCAGAAAGAAGGAUUCACCAUUGAUGAUGAAAUUUCCCAUCUCACCAAGCUCAGAUCAGAGCCCUGCGAGAAAAUGCGAAGGGGCAUGCCAAAUGGAAGAAAGCUGCCUAUAUCGACCGCCAAGAUGAUAGCAGGAAGGGAAGCUAAUUUGUCUGGAAGGGGCAAGUUUUCUUCAGCUGAUUGCUCCCAUGUCCUCGGACGAUAUCUUCCUGUCAAUGAUCUUUGGUGUUUCGAUGGCAUGGAUAGUAAAGCAUACGUCUCCCAGUUCUCUGCUGAUGGUUCCGUUCUUGUUGCAGGGUUUCAGGCGAGCCGUAUCAAAAUAUACAACGUCGACAACGGGUUGAAGUUGCAAAAGGAUAUCAUUGCUAAAAGUUUGGAGUGGACAAUCACUGAUACAUCCCUUUCACCUGAUCAACGUAAUCUGGUCUACUCCAGUUUGUCACCACUUGUUCAUAUUGUCAACGUAGAAACUGCUGGAACAGAGUCACAUGCUAAUAUUACUGAUAUUCAUGAUGGACUAGACUUCUCUGAACAUGAAAAUGAUGACUUCUCAUUUGGAAUUUUUUCUGUAAAAUUCUCAACUGAUGGUAGAGAGCUUGUUGCUGGGAGUAAUGAUGACGCAAUAUAUAUUUAUGAUCUAGAAGCAAAUAAAGUUACAUCUCGCUUCGAAGCUCAUUUGGAUGACGUUAACACUGUGACUUUUGCUGAUGAAACUGGGAAUCUCAUAUAUUCUGGGAGUGAUGACACUUUAUGCAAGAUCUGGGACAGGCGCUGCUUCUUCACCAGAGGAGGACCAGCAGGGGUCCUGUCAGGUCACACAGAAGGCAUUACCUUUAUUGAUAGCCGUCGAGAUGGCCGUUAUUUUAUCUCAAAUGGCAAAGAUCAAAGUAUCAAACUUUGGGACAUCCGGAGACUUUCUACCGAUGCUAAUAGCUCCAGACCUAGAGCUUCUUUAUGGGAUUAUAGAUUGUCAGCGUACCCACGGGAGUAUAGAUAUUUGAGACAUCCAAAUGAUCAAUCAUUAGCUACUUACAGAGGUCACUCUGUGCUGCGUACUUUAAUACGCUGCUAUUUCUCCCCAGCACAUAGCACUGGCCAGAGAUAUAUUUACACGGGAUCCCAUGACAAGCACGUUUAUAUUUAUGAUGUGGUGACUGGAGACCAAGUUGCAAAACUCGCCUUUCAUAACGCUGUGAUUAGAGACUGUAGCUGGCAUCCAUACUACCCUAUGCUUGUAAGCUCUUCUUGGGAUUGUCAAAUUGCUAGAUGGCAAUUCUCGGGCUCCGAUGCAGUUCCUUCCGUUGUUGACAAUAAACGCCAUCGACGGCAGCAGGCUGAGCAAAGGACACUUCCCUGAUGCUUUAAUAAGGAGAGACACUGACAAAGGGGAUCAAGAUCAUGUACUCUAUAUUUGUGAGAUCUUUAUCAUCUAGACUACCCUAUAUGAUGAGGCCUCAAUUCCUUUGUAAAGAAUAUUUAAGUAUGAUUAUGGUGUAAAUAUUUGUAAGCAUCUUCUUGGUGCAGUCAGCUUACAUUGCCAUGUAAAUAAGACUGAAACAAUGUAAGAAACCUGAGAAGCGAAGUCAUAUUUCUUGUUUCUGUUA